AUGAAUCUAACUGAUUUCCAAUAUGAUUUAUUGCGUCAAUUUAAAGCAUUCGGUGAAAUGAUCGCACCAUUUGAAGAUGGCGGUAUUUUAAAUUAUUUAUUUGAACAAAUCACAGUGAAUCAAAGCUUAUCAAUAAACAAUAAUAAUAAUAAUACGUCCGUCAAUGUUCAAUAUCCAAUAACAUUAUUAAAAUUCAUUGAAUUUAAUGAUACUUUAACAUUUUUCACUAGUAUGAUAAGUCAUAUGUUAUUGGAUAGUGUACAACCUACAAAUGUGUUCAAUGUUCUAUUGAUGAACAGAAAUCUGUUCAAUGCUACACUUCCCACUAGUAGUAGUAAUACACCAAUGAUAAUCACUAGAAAAUAUUUAGCAGUGAUUAUUAUUGAAGUUUUAGUGAUUUUAAUUGCUUUUACCAUUAGCAUAUGUUAUUUCUUGUUUAUAUGUCCACCAACUUGUAUUGAACAAAAAUCUUCAUUGAAUUAUUUAAAAUAUUUUGAAAUUACACAAGUUUUACAUGAUAAAAAGUGUCUAGUUGAUGUGAAUCAUUCCGAUGAACAUAGUAUUAUGUCAGAUAGCUUAUCGGAUGAAUAUAUUCGAACGAAUAAAGUAUCAAGACGUAGCGUUGAAUGGAUGUUAGCAAAUGAAGAGAAUAUUUCAGUGAAUUCAUCGGAUAUUUAUAUCAAUGAUCCUCAAUACAAAAAAAAACAAUCUUUAUCAUCAAAUCAAUCAUUCACCAAUUCCACUCAGUCUUCAGCAUUAACUAACCAGCAUGAAAUACACCAACCAUUAGAUCAAAAUCAUAUCAAUUCAUUCUUAAUGCACUACUAUUUAUCGUCAUCAUCAACACAAUUUCGUAAUCAAUUAAGAAUAUAUCUUAUUUUAAAAAUUAUCAUUUAUAGUUUAAUAUGUUUGAAUAUAUGCUUAUGUGUCAUAUGUUUAUAUACAAUGGAUGCAAGUUUUGGUUAUGUUGAACCGAAAUUCACAGAUAGUUCGACAAGUUCAACAAUACAAAAAUCAUUUCGAAAUGUAUUAAUGAAUGAGGUACUAGAUAAAUUACCUGUUUAUUUACAAGAAAUUGUUAGUCAAGGUCAAGUAGACACGAAGUCAAACAUUUUGAACGAGUUUGAACAAAAAACUUGA